CUCAUCUUCUCUCAAAUUCUAAACACUUUUAUCUUUUCUUAAAAUUUUCUAUGGCUUCUUCUUCACAUUAUCAUUACCACAAAGAUAAUGAUGAUGAAUUAGAUGACAUAUUUGAAGAUUUAUGUGACGAAUAUAUUGAUUUCAAUCCACAACCAAAAGAGCGAAAAACACGAGUUUUUAUCGAGAGACACCGGGAGGAAGGCCAUCAGAAACUCUGGAAUGAUUAUUUUAGCGAGACUCCAACAUACCCGCACAAUAUAUUCCGGCGACGGUUUCGAAUGAACAAGGCAUUAUUCUUGCGUAUUGUGCAUCGUCUGUCUACAGAAGUUGAGUACUUUCAACCCAGAGUAGAUGCAACCGGACGGUCGAGUCUAACUCCGCUGCAAAAAUGUACCGCAGCAAUACGUCAAUUGGCGUAUGGUGGUGGGUCUGACACAGUUGAUGAAUAUGUCCGAAUUGGAGAAACAACAGCUCGAAGAAGUUUGCACAAUUUCGCGGCGGGAAUAAUCGACUUGUUUGGCGAGGAAUACCUAAGACGUCCCACACCGGAGGAUCUGCAAAGACUACUAUAUAUUGGAGAACAACGUGGGUUUCCAGGGAUGAUUGGAAGCAUCGACUGUAUGCACUGGGAGUGGAAGAAUUGCCCCACGGCUUGGAAAGGAAUGUAUUCACGAGGAACCGAUAAACCAACGAUUGUCUUGGAGGCGGUAGCUUCAUAUGACCUCUGGAUUUGGCACGCGUUUUUUGGAGCUCCAGGUACUAUGAACGAUCUUAAUAUUCUCGAUCGAUCACCCGUUUUUGAUGACAUUAUUAACGGAAUAGCGCCACAAGUUAACUUCCAUGUUAAUGGUAAUCCAUACAAUUUGGCAUAUUAUCUCACCGACGGUAUUUAUCCGAAAUGGGCUACUUUUAUUCAAUCUAUCCGACUACCACAAGGUCAGAAGAAUUCUUUAUUUGCUCAAACCCAAGAAGCUGUGCGAAAAGAUGUCGAGCGUGCAUUCGGUGUAUUACAAGCUAGGUUUGCCGUUGUUAGAAAUCCAUCUAAUAUUUGGGAUAAAGAAAAAAUAGGAAAUAUUAUGAGAGCAUGUAUCAUACUCCAUAAUAUGAUUGUGGAAGAUGAACGAUCAUCAGGAACUCAGGCCAACGGUGGUGAAUUCGAAGAAAGAGAAGACGUGGCUACAUUUUCCGUCAAUAUGCCUUCACCUAUCGUGAGUACAAUUGAGCGUCGCACGAGCGUUCGGAAUAGACAAGUCCAUGAGCAUUUAAAAAAUGAUUUGAUUGAAAAUAUUUGGACUAAAUUUGGACAUCUUACCCAUCACAUAUAAUUUAUAAGUUUCUAUUUGUAUUGGAAUAAAUGUUUGUGUGUUUUUUUUUAAUAAUUAUGAUGUUUUGUAUUUCUAUUUUACAACUUUGUAAUUUUCUUAAGAUUUCAAUUUUAAUGUUAAACUUUUUUAAAAUAUAUUUCAUUUACAACUUCUUUUUAUAUGUUAUACAUUAUGAAAAUAAUAAAUUAAUUAAAUAAUAACCUAAGGGACCAGGAAAGUCCCACUAAUAAUUUACCAAAUUGUUAAAUGUCCUUAGCUUAGGUCCCUUAACAUAAAACCUUAAUAUAAAAUGCUAAGGGCUUGUGGGUUGAGUCCCACCAAUACCGAUGCUCUUAGUCUUGAAAUGACAAUGUUACAUUUUUAACAAAAGUAGAAAAGGUCAAAUGUUUUCAUUUUAAAUUGAUAACAAUGUAAUUCAUGAUUAAUUUUCUAAUACAACAACAUUGGCAGAUUUUGGGGAUUCCUAGUUUUUUUUCAGAAAAAUCAAGUCAAGUGAUAAAUGAUUCAUUAUUUAUUAGUUCAAAGCAUUUGAAAGAAAAAUUCAGCUAUAGUCAACUGUUAAUUGCUUAGUUGGCAAUACUUUCCCCAAAAAAAAAACAUUUCAAGCCAAAACUGAAUUUGAGAUAUAUAUACACCUUUUACCUAAUACUAUAUUUUGUAACUUUUGUGUUGUUAUAUAUAUUUUUUUUUUUUUGACGUCGUGUUGUUAUAUAUAACUCCAAAAGAACAAUCGUUAAAAACAAUAAAAUUUCGGUUACCAUGAAGAGAAGGUAAUGAUGUGACAAACCGAAAACAUGUAACAUGUUUUGUGUUGGAAGCUUUCUCUUCUUUCUUUUUUCUCAUCAUUAUCAAAAUACAGUACGUUACUUUGUGAUGAGGCGUGAGUGUUAUGAGAAAUUUCGUAUGUUGUGCUAGGUUCGACGGCCAUAUGUACAAAACUUGGUUCGAAAGUAAAGUAGAAGUUAUAUAUCAUUUUGAAUAUUUUUUUCUCUUUCGUUUACUCGUUUGGAAUAACAAUUUCACCUUUUUCACUUUGUUUCCUAUCUUGCCAAAAUGCCAAGUGGGAUGGUCUACCACCGUCACCCAUUUUAGGUCAUGUAUAUGCAUCAAAUAUUCCAGACGACGCGACUCAUUUUUUCGUAUCAGUAUGCUCAAACCUCCACGUACGUUGUUGCAUGCAUUAAUUUAGCCAGACUCAAGGUAAACGGAGAAUUAUAUUACUCCAAGAAAGGAGAUCGUAUAACUACACUGUUUCCUCUCACGAGUCGAAAACCGUGAGCUUUCUCGCAAUUGGUUUAGGUUUUUUUUGGGUAAAAAUGUUAAGUGCAAUUGGUUUAGGUUCUUGUUGUAAAGCCGUGAAACAACGACCUAAUAAAUUUAUUCAUAUACGAUCUAAAAGCUGUUGCAUCACUUGUAUUCACAUUCAUCAUGCUCCUUCCCUGUUUAUCCGUUUCAUUAAAUCAUCGAAAAUAUUUGUUUAUUUUUAUUUGUAACAUUGAGAUAUUUAAUAUUUAUUUGUUAUAAAUGACAUUACAUGACUUUAGCCUUUAUUUGGCUAGUUAACCAAAAGCAAGAUAAAGGUUAAUUCUUGAUUGUUGUUACCUUUCUAGGAUAAUUAAAAAGAGGAGAAACAAAAAGUUCGGAUCUCGGAAAGGCAAUGUUCUUAGGAUGAAAAGUCUUAUAACGCAAACUUACUAAUGAUCAAUCAUAAAAAGCUUAAAGGGAGAUUGUAGUAUAUAUGCAAAAGUGCCAACAUCACCUUCUUUGUAAAAGUACUUGGAACCUAAAGAAAAAGUAAUUCUUCUUUUGUAGCAUAUACAUAUAUCAGUAAUAUAUUGAUCUUUAGAUAUAAUAAAAAUAAUUGGAACUAAAAGUGAAUUACUCAUGCAUUUUUUAAUAUAUUUUAAAACUUUUUUGCUUUGUGAUUUACCUAGCUUUGUCUCUAUAAUUGUUUUAAAAAGAACUAAAACUCGAAAACGAGUGAGCUCUUAUAUGGUCUCUACUGAAUAUAUAUAACUCCAUUGUAUUACUUAUUUACAUACAUUAUUUUACCACGUAAAAUUCAGUUAUUUGUUAUUAAUGAUAUAAAAGAUUCUAUAAAUAUAUAGUUUGUUCAUUUAGAAUUAUAUAUACAUACAUGUAUAUAUGCCAUAUCUUUUUGACAUUUCUUCCAGCGGAUUAGUUAAAAAAAACACGCUUGUGAAAAUAGGUGACUUUUUAGGUUGUAGAACCAAUCGAAGUAAAUGUGAUCAAAAGUCACAUUGACAAUUCUAAACGAUAUUUGGAAUAAAAGGGAGGGAAAAUGAGUUACCACGUACUAUGAUAUGACUUAAAUAAUGACCAUUGAUUACGAUGCGCACGAUGGGAGUCGAUCGUUAAUUGAGUUUGCAAAGAAACACAAAUUUAGUUAACUAAUUUAAUAAUGAUGAAAUGUAAUUGACAUAGUAUUAAUUAUCAAAUAAGUAGAACGGGAAAGGAGUCUGUUAGUAGAUGAACCUUUAAACACUAGGCAAAAUAUUAUUCACAAUUCACAUGCAGGCAGCAGGGGCCACAAUUUCUUUCGUAGUCAAAUGCAAUUGAGUAAAGAACGUAAUAGUCGCAUGCAUGGCUAAACAAAUAACUUAACAAAAAAUAAUUUAAAGUAGAUUAUGAUUUACAAGUUAAUGUUCUUCUAGAAGCCAGAAAUUAAAGUGGAUCAAAGGCAGCAUUUUCUCUUUACUAUUUAGAAAUCCACAAUUUCAAAUGAAGCGUUAAAAUUUAAACCAAAUUCAUGAUUAUCAUCUACAUAUGCAUCUAAACCCUAUAUAAUACUUCUCCAGAACCUGCAAUGUUGUGUAUGCUUUUGACACAAUUCAAACACUAUUAUACAAUUUUUGAAAUAAUCAAUGUUUGGAUUUAGUCGAACUAGUCCGUUUGCACAUGCCUACUUCUGCAUAAGACGUUCGUACUUGCAGUCGCAGACCUUCCCUUGAUCAGUAAUAAGAUAUACAUACACAUUAGUACAGAUACAAACAUAUAUAUACAUAUAUAUUUAUGUUCAUGUAUAUGUAGCGAGAAUCUAAGGAUGGGGCUAAAGAGAGACUGCAAAAAAGCCUAAUGCCUGGUCUCUAUGUUUCACGUAGACUCGACAUAGUUCAGUGACUUAUAAGAUGCCAUAUGCUUGAAUGUACAUGAAUCAGACCACACUUCACUGACAGUUCUUUAAUGUAACAUACAAUUUAUGUUUUCAGUUUUGCAGCACAACUGUCGAUGUUGUAGCGAAUAUUACACACCAUUUAUUGAGAUUCUAAUUUUACCAGGGUAUUAUUACAGUUGAUGUGGAUGGGCAAUUAUUUUGCUUGGCUCGAGACGUGUAUAUAAUUAGGCUCUGUUAAACUUGACAAAAAUCUAGUAAAAUUAUUUAAAGGUAAUAGUAAGUCUAUAACUAAUCCCAAGGAAACAUUGUCUGUUUACUGAAAUUGACGUUUCAAGAAUUUUCGAAUUAACAUUGGGACAAAAACGACCAACUAUUUCACUACCAAACCAAGAGCCUUUGAAUAAUUAAGCUUUAAGCGCAGUAAAUCUUGUUUCGAAUAUUUCCAACAUUGAGAUAAUUAUGAGUACAGAAAAGUCACAAGUUUAGAGAAUCUAUUAUAGUAUAUCUCUCAAUUCUUAAAUUUUUGUUUACAAAUUGAAACUUAUAAAUCUAAAUAGUAACCAACAACAACAACAAAAACUGACUACAAAGAGCACCCAAACCAACAAAUACUAAAAACAUAAAUAUUCUUUGGCAUUACAUAA